AAACCCAUGUACUGAAAAUAUCCCAUGGGUGGGUUUCUCUCUUCCGUGAUAGGCGGCGAGGCGGCGGCGGCGGCGGCCGAAUCAUCAUCCGAACCAUCGCGUGUCUCGGUCUACCACUCGUCGCAGCGCUGGAAGCUCCAUUUCCAAUCAAUCAAGGAAUCGAACAAACUGGUGGUUGUUGACUUCUCGGCCUCAUGGUGCGGUCCUUGCAAGUUCAUAUUUCCAGCCGUAGAGGCGAUGUCCAGUAAAUAUACCGACGUCGAGUUUGCCAAAUUAGACGUGGAUGAGGUCCCCGAUGUGGCGCGUGAGUUUGAAGUGCAGGGAAUGCCAACAUUCGUGCUGCUGAAGCAAGGGAAGGAAGUUGAUCGAGUGGUUGGAGCCAAUAAGGACGAACUCGAGAAGAAAAUCUGCAAGCACAGGGAAGUUCCUAAAUUUGCUGCCUAAUUAAUACUACUAUCUAUCUUUCUUUCUUUCUUUACCUGCAACUGGAAAUAUUGCUUCUCUUGUUGUGUUGGCCAUCAUCUAUAUAUGCACUGCACGCACCAACAAAGAGACUGAAAUAAGUUGAAACCUGCUUUAAUUCGGAGAUGUUGGGAAACUGAAAUUACUUGUUGCCAUCUCUACCUAUGAUUGAAAUCUCAAUGUUGAUUAGAAGGUGUUCCAUACUUUCCAUA